AUGAGAAAAGUAGAAUUAGUUCUCUCACUCAUUUGCCUCUUUUGGCUGAUUAAUGCUGGGUUUUCAUUCAAUCUUCUUUCACCAAAAGGUGUCAAUUUUGAAGUGGCAGCCCUAAUGUCUGUAAAGAAAGGUAUGUUAGAUGAGAAUCAUGUUCUUGAUGGGUGGGAUAUUAAUUCGGUUGACCCUUGCACUUGGAACAUGGUUGGCUGCUCCCCUGAGGGCUUUGUUAUUUCUUUAGAAAUGGCGAGCAUGGGAUUAUCCGGCACGCUUUCGCGUAGUAUUGGGAAUUUGACUCACCUUCGGACAAUGUUAUUACAGAAUAAUCAGUUGAGUGGUGAUCUUCCCUAUGAGAUUGGGAAGCUUUCCGAAUUGCAAACGCUCGAUCUUUCCGGUAAUCAGUUUGAUGGCGAAAUUCCGAGCUCUCUUGGUGAUCUAUCUCGACUCAGUUACUUUUUCUUGCCAAUUCUCUCAAGUAUAAGUUCAUUCAGUACGAUGAUACCGAAUAAUGUUACGGAUACUAAGGUUAUGUCUUGCAGGGACUUAUCGUCUAAUAACUUGAGUGGUUCUAUCCCCAAUAUACGUGCUAAAGACUACAGUGUGGCUGGGAAUAUCUUUCUGUGCUCUGCAUCCUCUGAAAUUUGUGUGGCUGCACCAAAACCAGUUAAUGAAACUAAUACAUACACAAAAGUUAAAGAUCAUCAUCAUCACCAUAUGGUGAUUGCCAUUGCAAUUGGAGUUGGUUGCUCGGUUUCCGUGUCUAUCUUACUGCUCGUAUUUUGGGUUCAUUGGUACAGAUCGCGAGCUUUCCUUAAAUCCGAAGAUGGACAAGAUUACGAGUUCGACAUGGGACAGUUGAAAAGGUUCUCAUUGCGUGAGCUGCAAAUAGCAACGAACCACUUCAACUCUAAAAACAUACUCGGGCAAGGAGGAUUUGGGGUCGUCUACAAAGGUAUACUACCGAAUAGGACAGUGGUGGCGGUUAAGAGGCUGAAAGACCCGAGUUUCACUGGCGAAAUGCAGUUUCAGACAGAGGUCGAGAUGAUCGGCCUGGCUUUGCACCGCAACCUUUUACGUCUGUAUGGCUUCUGCAUGACCCCAGAGGAGAAAUUACUCGUUUACCCUUACAUGCCUAAUGGAAGUGUUGCUGAUCGUUUGCGAGAUCCUGGUCGAGAGAGGCCGUCCCUGGAUUGGAGCAAGCGCAUGCGGAUAGCUCUUGGGGCGUCUCGUGGCCUUCUUUACCUGCACGAGCAAUGCAACCCGAAAAUAAUUCACAGAGACGUUAAGGCUGCAAACAUCUUGCUAGACGAGAGUUUUGAGGCCGUUGUUGGGGAUUUUGGUCUAGCCAAGCUGUUGGACCCCAGAGACUCGCAUGUGACCACGGCCGUCCGUGGUACGGCAGGCCAUAUCGCACCGGAAUAUCUCUCCACUGGACAGUCUUCGGAGAAAACAGAUGUUUUCGGUUUUGGCAUGUUACUUUUGGAGCUCAUAACUGGACUGAAGCCACUUGAUGCUCGUGCGCCCGACGGUCAGGUCCACAAAGGAAUGAUCCUCGAGUGGGUUAGAACUCUGUAUGGUGAGAAGAAAGUAGACGAGCUCGUGGAUAAACAUCUGAAAGGGUCUUUUAACUCGGAUGAACUAGCAAAGGCCGUGGAACUCGCCCUGCAAUGCACUCAAUCAAAUCCCGAGCAACGGCCGAGAAUGUCUCAGGUUUUGAGAGUAUUGGAAGGAAUUAACGGGCAAGCGGACCCCACAGAGGCGCUAAGCCCGGUGGACCUAUGCCAAGGCAGGACGUUUAGUUUCUCUUGGAACUUCAGUGAAGCACGCGAUGACUCUUCAGUUAGCAUUGAGGCAAUCGAACUUUCGGGCCCUCGAUAG